AUGUUGGCCCGGGUGUUCUUCGCUGCCCUCCUGCUUCCAGGUGGACUCGCCUGGACUGCAAGCCGGCAGACUCUCCCCGAGACCACGGCCUCCGAAGACGCACGUGUGGCAUCCGCGUCUGUGGCGCAGCUUGCUCAGCUCCGAGGCACUGACACCCGCCCGAAAGCUCCAGAUGCAGUGGACUCUGCAAUGCCAACAUGGGCACGUGCAGGAUUGGCAACGCUCGCUGUGCUAGCUGCAGUGGCACUUGCCCCGCGUGCUGCGUUGGCAGAGACGGAUGUGCAGAUGUAUGUGGGUCAGGGGUGCUUCUGGCACGUGCAGCACGAGGUGGUGAAGCAAGAGACGGGCCUCGGUCGCCAGCCUGCAGAGAUCACCGCACUUUCAGGAUAUGCUGGGGGCACAGAGGUGGGCAGCCAGGGCGAGGUGUGCUACCACAACAUGGCGAUGGCCCCUGAUUAUGGCCGGAUGGGUCACACUGAGGUCGUGAACGUGUCUGUGCCCGAGGGAAAGGUUGGUGACUUCGCCAAGGCCUACUUUGAUGCUGCAGCGAAGUAUCCUUUUGGCCGUGCGGAUCCGCAGGACCGUGGCACAGAGUACCGGUCGGCCAUUGGAAUUCCAGGCGGAAUGGAUGGACCCCUUUUCAAAGAUGUUGAAGCGGCAAACAAUGGUCGGCUUCAGUUGGUUCGUGGCCAGGGCAAUGAUGCAGACACCGUCGGCACCAAGAAAGUGUGGGUUUAUGAUUCCAACCAGUUCCCAUUCCACCAGGGCGAGAUUUACCACCAGUUCCAUGAUGAUAUGAUCGAGAGGUACCCGCAGGAGUACCACAAGCUGAAGAAGCUCUUGGUUGCGCAAGGAACUGUUCAGAAGGUGGCCUGUCCUGAGAUGGGCUUUUGA